AUGUUAACAGCAGCGACCGAACGACCUUCCAGUCCCAUCGACAAAGAUCUUCAAGCGCUAUAUGAUCAAGUUUGGGCCGGCUUCGCAGCGGAAGAUCUCCCAUCGUCAGGCGAGAAGGAUAUAGAUGGGAUAUAUAACGUCUAUGGGACUGAAUUUAUCUCAUCACCGAUAACACCCACGAGCACGGUUUCCAGUAGGAGUAACGUCGCGACUUAUACAGCGCCGAACGGUAACCAUCGGAACAGUGGCAGCAGUGUUCGGCGUUUACCACCAACACCCAGCAGCACCCACAGCACUUCGACCUCAAUUUCUUCUCUACCACCAAUGCAGAUGCCAGAGCCAGAAGCACACUACGAUCCAAGCUCAAGUCCGAGUCCCACUCAACGGUCAGGCCAUAUCAGCAGCGAUUCAUUCAGCUCGUCAUCUUCAUCUGAUUUGUUGAAGAGAGCUACUGCGGGUGGCCCUCGACGAAAUCUUCCUGCACCUCCUGGUGGAGUUAUCGGUUUACCUUCCUCACCCGCCUCUGGACGUCGUUCAGGAGCUCCAGGAAGAGGGCCUCUUGAAAUCCAAUCUCGCCACCAUACUCAUUCAUAUUCCCAGCCCUAUCCAUAUAUGUCAGGAUCACCACGGGCUGACUCCUCCGAAUCCAUCAACGGCGCCCAAAACUACUCUAUUGAUGACGGCGGAUCAACUGUCCACGGUCAUGGAAGAGCAUCCUAUGCAUAUGCACCACCUCCCAAUCAUCGAACACCGUCCCCCGUGCAUGGAGUUCCAGUCGUUGACAUCCACCAUGCACCACUGCCGCAACCGACUGUGACUGCAGCACCACAUCAGAGACGACAGGACGGAAUGUUGGCGCCUGAACUAUAUGCUAACGGCAACGAUUACUUCGCUUCAAACUCCACACCGUCCGUCAACCGGGUGGACUCGACAGGAUCGUACUCGAACGGACUUGAUGCUCAAGGAAGACCUCUUUCUCAUCAGCAACGUCGACAGUACCCUUAUCCUGUUCCUUCGAGUCCUCCUUCUGGCUCCUCAUUUGAUAUCUACGCCACUAACAAUUACGAUGCAUGGGAUGCUGGUCCUUCAAAUUUUAUAACCUCACAGGGAGGAGCCAAUGUAUCUCGUCGACCAAGCGAUAUGUUGCGUGAAAUAGCCAACUACGAGAGCGGGCAUAUUGACUAUCUUGAUGGAGUUCGGGAGGAGACCUCGACAGCAUAUGACGAAGAAGGGUACGAAGAGGAUUGGGAAGAUGGAGAUAGCUUCGUUAAUACAAGUUUGCUGAGCCAUCUUGCUGUCCAACUGAGGGAUCGGGUACCGAGAGGGACACAUGUGAAAGGAAGUAUUCCUUAUCCUGGAGCGUUUACCGGAAAAGAUAUUGUGUCGACUAUUCAAUCACAAUUUCCUCGGGAAUUACUGGUUUCUUCACCUCCCGAUCGACGACGGGCUGCACUGCAAGUAGCUCGGUCACUCCAGUCACAGCUAUUCUUCUAUGAAGUUGAAUGGGGAGGACGCGUGCUUCAAGAUGGUGUUGAGGACGUUUACAUGUUUCUAGAUGAUUCUGAGGGAGCUGGACCUUCCUCGUCAUCUGGACCAUCUGGCUCGCACGAUAGGGAAGAGUUACCGACGGGAGUCGUGACGAUGUUGACGGGUUGUUAUGUUCCGACUUGUGUGGACGAGGAGCCGUGUUAUGCCUACUGUUGUCCAAAGAGGGGGCAUUCGGUAUUAGCGCUUGUGAAUGAACCCGAGCCUGUACAGUCUUCGCCCGCAAGCAAGGAGUGGUCGGAAACUGUACCACCUGAAGUAAUCGCUCAGCUUCCAGACAGUGAAGUCCGACGCCAGACCAUCAUUCACAAGAUAAUAAGCAAGGAAGAUCAGUAUAUGCAAGACCUUGAUACGGUCGAAAGCGUCUUUCUCAAACCACUUCGACACGCCGAUCCACCCGUUAUUUCGCCUCCACAAAAAUUAGAAGAGUUCAUCGACGAUGUAUUUGGGAAUAUCUUGGAUCUGCGGGAAUGCAAUCGGCGGUUACUCGAGGUCAUGCAUGUGCGGCAGAGGGAACAGUCAUAUGUCAUCCAAAGAAUUGGAGACGUGAUUUUGGUCGCUGCCUCUGAGUUCAGGCAAGUUUAUCCAGACUAUGUUGGCCAUCAUCCGCUAGCAGAGAAGAGAAUGAAAGAAGAGAUGGAAAAUAAUCCCGAGUUUCGGUUGUUCCUUGAGCAUGCUUCUCGUAACCAAACCGUACGCCAGGGUCAGCUCGAAAACAAUGCAGCACCUCGGUUGGAUUUGAAGCACUUCCUCAAUCGACCAUCGGAGCAUCUUCAGAAAUAUCCUGUCCUGCUAGAGGCAAUUCUCAAGGAAACUACAGAGGGAAAUCCUGAUGCAUCGUAUCUGAAGGAAGCUAUUGACGCUAUGAAGGACAUGCAGACGUUUGCUCAGUUAAGGACGUUCCAAUUUGCAAUGGGUAAAGGGGCUGCUGGGAAGUGGGAAUGGCAUGAUCUAGUCUCGACGGAGCUUAGAAAGAAGAUGAAGAAGGAAGAGGCAAAGAGACAAUCGAUUAUCUUUGAGUUAAUCAAGGGUGAAAUGGCGUAUGUGAAAGAUUUGGAGAACAUCGAAGUCAUGUACAUCCAACCUCUCCGAGAAGCCAAUGAAGCCGGCGAAGCUAUCAUUGUUCCCGAACGUCUCGAUCAAUUCAUCAAGGAUGUUUUCCACAAUUUCCAGGAGCUAUACGCUCACCACAAACGUCUCGUUGAGAAGUUCCAUCAAAUACAACAACAACAACAUCCCCAGAUCAGGAGCGUCACGGCCGCCAUGUUCGACGCUGCACUGAAUUUCCGCGAUGCUUACAUGGAAUACAUACCGAACUAUCCCAUUGCCGCAUACAGGAUUGACGACGAAUUGGCUAACAACACUAAGUUCAAGCAGUUUGUGGAUCAAUGCGUGAAACAUCCGGAUGCGCAUAGGCUGGACAUGAAGAAUUUCAUUAAUCGACCGAUUCCUCGACUACUUCGAUACGAGCUUCUGCUCAAGGGUGUAAUGGAAGAGACGCCACCCGGUCAUGAAGAUCGAAAGGAAAUUCCUCAAGUGUUGGAGGUCAUCAAAUCCAUCGGGAAGGACACGGAACCUGGGGUCGUUUCUGCCAAGCAAAAAGUCGAGCUUUGGAGAUACAAUUCCAACUUGGUGUUCAAAACUGGAGAAUGGAUUGACAUGGACCUCCUCGACGAGAACCGGUCCUUGAUUCAUUCAGGAAAAUUACUGCGGCAGCCUGAAAGUGGACUGGAAUGGAGUGGAUGGAGCGAGUUAUAUGUUCUAUUAUUUGAUAAUUAUUUGGUCUUGACAAAGCCAAAAGAAAGGGAUGGCGUGACGAAGUAUCAUGUCAACCGUCGGCCAAUACCACUCGAUCUUCUCUCUCUCGGCAGUUUCACUGAUUCGCCGAUUCCACGUCGAUCAGGUUUGAUCUCCGGUCUCCGUGGCACCGAACGACACGCAGAGAGUCCAAACGUAGUUCCCGCAAGUUCUCCUGACGGCACAGGGGAUUCUCGUUCUGUAUACCCCUGCACACUUCACCAUGCUGGUCGUUUGGUGGGUGGUCCCUAUGUCCUUUACGCCGAGUCAGCACAAGCGCGUACGGAAUGGAAAUCUAAACUGGAAGAGGCACUAGGAUUGCGCCAGGUCGUCCAGGAAGCAAACAAAGUCUUUGAAAUUGAGACUUUGAGUGCUGACACAUUCCUGAUACCUUCUGUGACCGGACAAAAUGCUCCGCCUGCGUGGAAUCAGGAGAACUCGUUCACCGGCAAAGUCACUUGUUCCGUUCCUUUCAAUACUGCCGAUGGUCGUGGUCUUGUGGCUAUUGGAUGCGCCGAAGGUGUCUGGAUUGGCUUUAGGCAUGAUCCCAAGUCCAUGCGGCGUGUACUUCAUUUGAAGAUGGUCAGUCAGUGUGCUAUGUUGGAAGAGUUCGGCAUCUUCAUGGUGUUGGCCGAUAAGGCGUUGUUCGCGUACCAUAUUGAGGCACUUGUACCUACGUCACCCCAGACCGCUCACACAUCGCAAGUUCCCCAGCGGCUAAGCGGUAACAAGGAUGUCCACUUCUUCAGCGUCGGACAGUUACACGGGAGAACACUCGUUAUCUACAUGAAGAAAAAAGGGCUGGACAGUAUCUUCCGGGUGCUAGAGCCCGUAGGUGACAAGAUAAACGAACGAGCAAGGGCUCCGACUGGCUUUAGUUCGCGUCUAGGUUUCCGAAACAAUAGAUCCGAGUGGUUCAGGAUAUACCGAGAUUUCUUCCUACCCUCUGAAUCGUUCGAUCUCAUUUUCCUGAAAGCCAAAAUUGUCAUUUUGUGUACGAAAGGGUUUGAAAUUAUGGAUUUGAAUGACUUCAAGAGUGUUACUAUACCUCAACGAGAUGACGCUCGUCUCGCGCAACUGGCGAAACGUUGCGACUCGUGUCGACCUAUUGGCAUGUUUAGAUCAGCGGACGAUGAGUUCCUCCUUUGCUACGAUGAAUUCGGCCUCUACGUCAACAAGCACGGGGACCCUAGUCGUGCAGCAGGCACUAUCGAAUGGGAGGGAACUGCAAACCGUGUAGCGAUACACUCGCCUUACAUUCUACUGUUCGACAACCAUUUCAUCGAAGUUCGGCAUCUCGAAACCGGAAGACUUGUCCAAAUCAUACCUGGGAAUGAUAUACGUUGCAUAUGGGACGGUCGUGGAGCUGGCCCUAGUAACCCUGUCAUCUCUACUCCGAUUCACAACGGCCAACACGAGCCAACCGUACAAGAUGCCCAAGUUCAUGCAGUGAUGAACUCGACAGAAGGUCCACGGACUAGAGCCAUUGUGCAAGAGGUCUUCCAGCUUGUUCCGACGGUACCUCUUUACCUCCCUGAACCUAUAUCCCAAUCAAAUUCGCAGUCGUCUCCGCCACUUUCCCCAGAACGAAUGUCUUGGAGAACAUGA